AGUAAACGCCAUUCUCGCUUCUCAGUUUCUCUCUCUAAACUCUGCAUUUAUCAUUACGAAAAUCUUUAUUCAUCUCUCAAAUUCCGAGUAGAUUAUCCAGUUAAACUUCUUCCUAAGGAAAAAUGCAACAAGACACAAUGACGAUGAAGCAAAAUUCAUCACCACCUCAAUUAUCCGAUAUUCUCAAUCCACCUCCAUACUCGUCCAUUUUCUUCCACUCUUCAUCAUCUCCGAUGACCCUCACACCUACUCCAACAACCUCGGACAAUAAAUCAGUUACAGCUACAGCAAGUAUCGCAGAAUAUCUCUCUACAUUGAUGUCAGAGCAUAAGGAACUUCUCAAACGCCAUGCUCUCUGCCUCACACAGCUCAGUAAGACGUUCAAAGAAGCUGAAACUCUUCGUCAAGAGAACACAAACCUCCGUAUGGCAAACCUUGAACUCGGCAAUCAGGUUCACCUCCUCAUUCAAGCCGCUCACAAGAAUCGGUACAACACAAAAUCACUUUCUAAUUCUACAGCGCAGUACACCUCGUCUUUUAUGUCCUCAAUUUCUGACCAAUUUAGCGGAGUUUCUGAGAAGGAGAGAGAAUAUGGAGGUUUAAAGGAAGAGUUCACAUCUCAGGGUCAGAAAUCCAACAGUAAGAUGACGGAGGAGGAUGUAGCCGGGAGCGAAGAGGAUGAAGAGGCUCGAGUAACACUGCCGAAGAGUAUUUCAGUGAGGUCAAAUGGAUUCCUGAAGAUGAACCAAUCUUCUGGUACUCGAAACAAUUCUUCUCCUCUCCGUUCUGCAACUCGGAUUCGUGCUCCAGGUUCUGUCUCUGGACCGAAAAAGGUGUAUGUGCGAGGAGGAAGCAAGAAGGAUGGAACCAUGGAACUGGAAGUUUACAAUCAAGGAAUGCUCAAGACUGAACUUUGCAACAAAUGGCAAGAGACUGGGAGCUGCCCCUAUGGAGAUCAUUGCCAAUUUGCUCAUGGCAUCAAUGAACUUCGUCCUGUCAUUCGUCACCCUCGCUACAAGACUGAGGUCUGUCGAAUGGUCCUUGCUGGAGAUCCUUGUCCUUAUGGUCAUCGCUGCCACUUUCGACAUGCCCUCACUAAUGAAGAGAAGCUUAUGGUUCCACUCGAGCUCGACUAACCAUAUCAUCGUCCAUUCAUUCCACUUCUACCAAACUAUCUCUUGUCAAAUCUGAUUGAGGUACCAUAAUUCCAUACAGAAACAUAUCAUUCUCAUACCUAUUAUAAUCAAAUAACUAGGAAGUAAUACUAUCGUGAUGAUAUAUUGUAUAUUUGUCUAUAAUAUUCUAAAGGCACGAAAUAACCAAGUCGACUGCAACGUAGGAGAAAGCUUGACUGGCCGUUUCUUGUGAAAGUGUCCAAAAAGCAGUAGAAA